UAGUAGAGGCGGUAUACCGACCAUUAUAACAGGGUAUAAAUGAUACAAAUAAAUUUUACCGAAUCGCAGAGUGAUCGUGCUGAUAACGUGUUAUAAAAAAACUAGAAUUUUAUUGUAUCGAGGAAAUUUAAAUAAGGGCAAAAUUUUAUACCCGUAUGAGAAGAUAACACUGAUAAUAAGAGAGGAUGUGUUAUUAGAAGGAGAAGGAAUGGUGUGUCUAUAAACGAUCGAAACGAUCGUUUAUAUAGAAGAGAAAUUAACUGUGCAAAUAGUGCAACGGGCCCCACAUCUUUUAUAUUAUCAACAUAUACGGCGUUUCUUUUUCUGACUUUUCACAACAAACCUGUUUCUUUUUUUUUUUCCUCAGGGGGCUUCCCAAAUAUAAUGGUUGCUGUAUCUGUAUCCUUGUUUCUAGUGUCUUUUUUUUUUUUUUUUUGACUAAAAGGAGAUAAAUUAAUGUAAGAGUUUUGAGUUUUUUUUUCUUCAACAUGAAGUUUAGAUAUUAGUACACCACAGAAGAAAGAUUACUUUCUGUGUGCUGGAGACUCCCGGUGCACCCAGAGCUUGGGUUACAACCUUACAUGCGACGCAGCUAGUUCUAAAAGUACACAAAGAGGCUGUUGAUUCUCUAAGCGGAAGUGGUUCUUCAACACUUGGUUCUGUUGCAGCUGCUAAUGAAACGGCAUUGGAAUGUUCCAAAGAAAUCCAAGCAGCGAUGCAGGUCUCUCUGAGGAAUGCAUUGAAUAUAUCUGCGAUGAAACCCAUCGACGGACCACUUGAUGAUUUGACUAUAAUGAAGGAGACUCUUGCGUGUUAAAGAUGAAGAGCUACAGAGUUUGGCGCGAGCACUUCGUUCUUGUGAAUCAACGACAAAGGAGAUAGCAGAUAAGCUAUCCGAGACGGCUGAAGCAGCUGUGGCGGCAGCAUCUGCAGCUCAUACAAUGGAUGAACAGAGGAAAAUUGUCAGUAUGGAGUUUGAGCGCUUGUCUAAAGACUCAGAGAGACAGCAAGAAGCAGCUAAAUUGAAGGUAAUUAUGUAUAUGUAUUGUUGUGUGUUGAUUUGAUUGUUGUAUGACCCAUGUAGCUAAAGGAAUUGGAAGAGAAGACAUAUAGUCUGAGUAAGGAGAAAGAUCAGUUGGUUAAGGAAAGAGACUCUGCUCUCCAAGAGGCACACAUGUGGAGGUCUGAGCUUGCAAAAGCCAGGGAGCGUGUGGUCAUACUUGAAGGAGCUGUUGUAAGAGCCGAAGAGAAAGCUAGGGUUGCAGAGGCAAGUGGUGAAGCAAAAGCAAAGGAAGCUUCUCAGAGAGAGGCAACUGCAUGGACAGAGAAGCAAGAGCUUUUAGCUUAUGUGAACAUGUUGCAAACCCAGCUCCAGAGACAGCAACUGGAGACGAAGCAAGUGUUUGAGGAGAAGACUGAAUCUACCAAUGGCGAAACACCUCUUCUUCCAAUGACAAAAGAAACAGAAAAGGAUGUGGAUAAAGCAUGUUUGAGUGUUUCAAGAACAGCCUCUAUGCCGGGGGAGAAUGUAGUUCAUAUGAGUGAAGAUGAGGUGGUUGGAGAAAACAAAUGGAAUGAUAUUCAGGCAACAGAGGCAAGAGUUUCUGAUGUAAGAGAAAUAUCUGAACGGGACAGAAGUAACAGCUUGGAUAUCACGGUAGUAUCUCCUGAAUCUGAUGUUCCAAGGCAAUGAUCUGCCUCCGGAAUCUUUUCAUCAUCAGCAUUGAUGAAUAAUUGGUUGGAUCGGAUACAGAUACAGAUUCAGAUUUUUUUUGGUUCGGGUUCGGAUCUCCGAUUCUGAUACAAGCCCUCAUGCCUAGUUGUUUCUUUCAUUAUUCAACAACCUUUGAUAUUUUAUAAAAUAGAGUUUUUAUUAGAACCAAA